CAAAAUCGUUAUAGUCGGCGCGUCAUCUGAUCCGCUUCCUCGAUUCGCGUGUUCCUCUCACGGUUCCUUGGCUAGCGGUGUUGGCGUCGAGGGAUAUCCACUCCCAUCUUCUAGUCGCCAAGUAGGGUUUUGUCUGUCUUCCUCCGUAGCUGUUCUAGGGUUUGAUUUUGAUGCGGUGCUAAUGGUGGAGAGACGGAAGCCUCUGGUUCUUUCAACCACCAGAACUGCCGUCCGUGCAGUCCUAAAUUCGUCGCGACUCAUCGAUGCCGGCGAUCGAGCCGUGACGGAGGACGGGUUUUCUGACGGCGGAGAUGAUGGGUCACGCCGGAGCAUUCCGUUGACGGCGGGUAUUCUCCGGUGGAACGGUGGCGGAGAAAAUGCUUCUGUUUCGAAGCUGGAUUCACUUGAUGACUCUGCCUUGGUUGGGCUCUCAACCCAGGUGCUCAAGAGAUUAUCUAUCAACUCCGGUUCUUUGGUUGCGGUCAAGAAUACUGAGAUGAACAUCCAACGGGUAGCCCAAGUCGCCGUGCUAGAUCCUCCCAAGUCAAAUGAUGAUGCUUGUGUUGCAAGAGAACCCAUUUCUGAUUCUUCCCAUACAAUGCUUGUCUUCCCCACUUAUGAUUUUCACCCAAAGGGCCCUCUCUUAUUGGAUCAGGAAGUUGCUUACCUAUCUCCAGUAUUUGCUUUUAAUCUCGGCUUGCACAUUUCAUGCCUAAAGUCCCUCGUCCAUAGAGGGAAGGAGGCCUUGGAGACAUAUUUUGAAGCCACGUUUGAUGAUGGUUUAUACGGGAAAAGUGCAGAUGCGACAACAAUUGGUUUGGAAUUGCAACCAAUGUCUCAGGUUGCAGUCUAUGCUUCACAUCUGAGAGUUUCUUUUGUUAAGAUCCCAGAGUGUGGUACCAUUCAAUCCCUGAGAGGAAGUUCAUCGGUUGAAGCCGAAGAGCGACAAGGGUUAAUAGAUUUGGCAUUACACAAGUACUUUGGAAUCGAUAGACACCUUUCGAGAGGUGAUGUAUUUCACAUCUGCAUUGACUGGAGUUGCGGUUCUUGUAUUUGUAUACCAUGUAGCCAAAGGUUGCACAACAAAAAUGAGAACUUGAUAUAUUUCAAGGUCAUUGCUAUGGAGCCUUCAAAUGAGAGGUUUUUACGGGUCAAUCACACCCAAACCGCCCUUGUGCUUGGAGGAAGUGUUUCUUCUGAUCUUCCCCCAGAUAUGCUGUUAUCGAGGUCAAAAAUUUCAACGCCCUUACAGGAGGACACAGUAAAGAUUUUGGCUUCUGUACUAGCCCCACCUCUAUGCCCAUCAGCACUUUCCUCAAAACUCAGAGUUGCUGUUUUACUGCAUGGUCUUCCAGGGUGUGGAAAGAGAACUGUGAUUAAAUAUGUUGCUGGGAGGCUGGGUUUACAUGUAGUUGAAUAUAGCUGUCACAGCUUAUUGGCAUCAUCCGAAAGGAAAACAUCUGCUGCGCUGGCCCAGGCUUUUAAUACAGCCCAAAGGUAUUCACCAACAAUAGUUCUGCUCCGACAUUUUGAAGUUUUUAAAGAUUUGGGCUCUCAGGAUGGUUCACUGGGUGAUCGAGUUGGUGUGUCAUCCGAAGUCGCAUCAAUCAUUAGGGAAUUCACUGAGCCUGUUUCCAGUGGUGAAUACAGUUCCAUGGAAGCAAAAUCUAGUGGGAAUUUAUUUGUAGAUGAUAUUGGAAAGUUUAGGCAACACCAGGUGCUAUUAAUUGCAACUGCUGAAAGUGCUGAAGGUCUUUCACCGACUAUCAGGCGCUGCUUUAGCCAUGAAAUACGUAUGGGUCCUUUGACUGAAGAACAGAGGUCUGAGAUGCUGUCUCAGUCUCUCCAAGGUGUUUCUCAACUCCUUAAUGCAAGUUCAGAUGAAUUUGUGAAAUCCUUGGUGGGACAGACAUCGGGUUUCAUCCCUCGUGACUUGUGUGCUCUUGUAGCUGAUGCUGGUGCCAACUUAUUCAUAAGAAAGGAGUCCAUGAUGGAGAAAAUCUACCCUUUAUCGGAUGGACAUCCUAGACACAAUCUGGAGCAGGGUGACCAAUUAGAUAACACCAGAGAACCAUUAACAGAUAAAGAAGACUUUACCAAAGCCUUGGAACGAUCGAAGAAGAGAAAUGCAUCAGCACUUGGUGCUCCAAAGGUUCCUAAUGUGAAAUGGGAAGAUGUUGGUGGGCUUGAGGAUGUGAAGGCCUCGAUAUUGGACACAGUUCAGUUACCUCUCCUGCAUAAGGAUUUAUUUUCAUCUGGAUUGCGUAAACGUUCUGGCGUUCUUCUCUAUGGCCCUCCAGGAACUGGGAAAACUUUGCUGGCAAAAGCUGUGGCAACAGAAUGCUCCUUAAAUUUUCUCAGUGUGAAAGGUCCAGAACUAAUCAACAUGUAUAUUGGUGAGUCAGAAAAAAACGUUCGAGAUAUAUUCCAAAAGGCCAGAUCAGCACGUCCAUGUGUCAUCUUCUUUGAUGAACUCGAUUCUCUUGCUCCAGCUCGAGGUGCUUCUGGUGACUCUGGAGGUGUCAUGGAUCGAGUGGUCUCUCAGAUGCUUGCAGAGAUUGAUGGCCUAAAUGAUUCCACCCAGGAUCUUUUUAUCAUUGGAGCGAGUAACAGGCCUGACCUGAUCGACCCAGCUCUUUUACGACCUGGCCGAUUUGACAAACUGCUAUAUGUCGGGGUCAACUCUGAUGCAUCUUACAGGGAAAGGGUCCUCAAAGCACUUACUCGGAAGUUUAAGCUACGAGAGGAUAUAUCCCUCUAUUCAGUAGCCAAGAAAUGCCCCCCGAAUUUCACGGGUGCGGACAUGUAUGCCUUGUGUGCCGAUGCUUGGUUCCAGGCUGCAAAACGAAAGGUUUCGAAUUCAGAAACUGGCGAUUCUCCAAAAGACGAUCCAGAUUCAGUUGUUGUAAUGUACAGUGAUUUUGUAAAGGCAAUGGACCAGCUUUCGCCGUCACUUUCCAUGGCUGAGCUGAGGAAGUAUGAGACGCUUCGGGGCCAGUUCGAAGGUCGUUCGAGCUGAACGUGCUGGGUAACAUACAUCGUAAGGUUCAUCUCUUAAUUGUCAGUUUACAUAGUAUACACAUCAUAAUUGAUGAUGAUGAACCAACAAGAACAAAAAGGGGAUGAUGGUAACUUUCAAUUGCUUUCAGUGACUAUGGUUGUCUAACCAAGCGCCAUUUACCUCUAAAAGACUAAAACUACGCGCGCUCUUUAUUUGGGCCUGAUUUUUAUGGGCCUAUUCUGGGCCCAUGAGUUUAAACUUGUGUUGGGCCUAAUUUGGAUGGAUCUUGGCCCAACCCAUGAUUGACUUUUCUGGAUUAACCUCUGA